AUGUCUCUUCCAACUCGACAAACAGCUAUUGUCAACCCUCCUCCACCAGAAUACAUAAACACUAAGAAAAAUGGGCGAGUGACAAAUCAGCUGCAGUACCUGCAGAGAGUUGUCCUGACGGCUUUAUGGAAGCAUAAUUUUUCAUGGCCUUUUCAACAGCCUGUGGAUGCUGUGAAACUAAAGUUGCCUGAUUAUUACACCAUUAUAAAAGCCCCAAUGGAUUUAAAAACAAUUAAGAAGCGACUGGAGAAUAAAUAUUAUGUGAAGGCUUCAGAAUGUAUAGAAGACUUCAACACAAUGUUCUCAAACUGUUAUCUAUACAACAAGCCUGGAGAUGACAUUGUUCUUAUGGCUCAAGCUCUAGAGAAGUUAUUUAUGCAGAAAUUAUCUCAAAUGCCAAAAGAUGAGCAAGUUGUGGUUGGUAAGGAAAGGAUAAAGAAAGUGGCUACUCAACCAAAGAUGCCGGUCUCCUCUGUUAAAGAACAGAUUUCCUCCAAGGCAACAGAAGAUGUGUUUAAGCAGCAAGAGAUUCCAUCUGGAUUUCCUGAGACACCACUCUCUCACCUAAACAAGGCACAAGAAGCUCCCUCCACUUCUGACUCAAAAACUGUACUCCAAAUUACAAAGGGGGUAAAGAGGAGCACAGAUGCAACAACUCCUACAACUUCUACAGUUAAAGCAAGUAGUGAAUCUCCUCCAACAGUGAGAGAAGAAAAAUCAACAAAUAUGUCAAUGAAAGAGGGCACACUGAAGAACAUUUUGACAGAUUCUCAGCAACAACAUAGAGCUGGAAAGCCUGUCAAAGUAACCAAACAAUUAAAGUACUGUAGUGAAAUUCUUAAAGAGAUGCUUGCAAAGAAGCAUUUAUCAUACUCGUGGCCCUUUUACAACCCCGUUGACACUAAUGCUUUGGAACUCCGUAACUACUAUGAAGUUGUCAAAAAUCCAAUGGAUCUUGGAACUAUAAAGAGGAAAAUGGAUAGCCAAGAAUAUAAGGACGCCUAUGAAUUUGCUGCAGAUAUGAGAUUAAUGUUCAUGAACUGCUACAAAUAUAAUCCUCCAGAUCACCAAGUAGUCACAAUGGCUCAAAGCCUGCAGGAUAUUUUUGAGAUCUGUUUUGCCAGAAUCCCUGAUGAACCUGCUGAAAAUAUGCCUACAUGUCACUUUACAACCGACCACACAAAAACUCUCUGCAGAGAGAGCAGCAGUGAUGCUUCCUCAGAAGAGAGCUCUUCUGAUGAUUCUGAAGAUCGAGUCCAGCGUCUUGCAAAACUUCAGGAGCAGCUUAAUACUGUCCAUCAGCAGCUACAGGUUCUAACUCAAGUUCCUUUCCAUAAGCUAAGAACAAGGAAGGAGAAGCCUAAAAGGGCACCAAAAAGAAAACCGACUAGUAACAGAGACGAAAAUCCAAAGAAAAAGUUUAAGGAAAUGAAACCAAAGGAAAAGUCCAAGAGCAAUCAACCAAAGAAGAAACCGCUUCCGAAGUCUGAUGAUGAAGAAACAGCUAAGCCUAUGAACUACGAUGAGAAAAGGCAGCUAAGUUUGGAUAUAAACAAACUUCCGGGAGAGAAACUUGGGCGAAUAGUUCAUAUAAUACAAUCAAGAGAACCUUCAUUGAGAAAUUCCAAUCCCGAUGAGCUCGAGAUAGACUUUGAGACACUGAAGUCAUCCACACUACGGGAACUGGAAAAAUACGUCGUGGCUUGUCUGAGGAAAAGACCACUGAAGACCCAGGCCAAGAAAACGGCCAAGUCCAAAGAAGAACUCCAUACACAGAAAAAGCAGGAACUGGAACUGCGGUUACUGGAUGUCAACAAUCAACUGAAUUGCAGAAAGCGACAGACCAAGCAGCCAGCGAAACGUGAGAAGCCGCCGCCAGGGGCAGCUCAGCCACCUCAAGCAUCGCAGGUACCCACAGAGCUGGUGAGGGUAUCCCGCUUGAGCGACAGCAGCUCCAGCUCUGGGUCCGCGAGCAACAGCAGCAGCAGCAGCAGCAGCAGCAGCAGCAGCAGCAGCAGCAGCAGCAGCAGCAGCAGCAGCAGCAGCGAUUCGAGCUCAGACAGCAGCGAUGCGGAACCAGAAAUACUUGCUAAUUUUGCUGGAGUAAAACAGAAUGAUGUUCCUCCAGAAGAUAAUAUAAAGCAGAUACCAUCUUCUGUGCAAGACAUAGCCUCUGUAGAACCUUCCUUCAUUCAGCAGAUUGCAUCACCAUGCACAGCAGCAGCCAGUCACCCCCAGCCCUCCCUGGGCUACCUUGCAUCUGAAUACAUGUUGUGUGUGGAGAAUGGUACACCUACGCAGACUCAGCCUCCUUCAGGUGAUUCCAAACAAGGCCUGAAUGGCCUCAGUGUGAUGUGUCCAUCUGGGGACAAUGACAUGAUAAGGCUGGAACCUGAGUGUCAAGUUCCUCUGCAGAAGGAUAUAAAGAUUAAGAAUGCAGACUCUUGGAAACGUUUAGGCAAACCAGUAAAAUCAUCAAAUGUACUAAAGUCCUCAGAUGAGCUUUUCAACCAGUUUAGAAAAGCUGCAAUAGAAAAAGAAGUAAAAGCUCGAACACAAGAACAAAUACAGAAACAUCUGGAACAAAACUCAAAGGAACCAAAAGCAUCAGAAGAAAGUCAGAGGGAGCUUAGAAAUGGAUUGACUCUUGAAUCUCUUUCAAACAAAAUACAAAGCAAGUGUCUCGGAGAAGAACAGAAAGAACAGGAAGGUCAGGAUAAAAGCAUGCUCCAGCUUCUCCAGGACCGAAACCUAGCGAGGGAGAAGGAGCAGGAACGGAGAAGGAGAGAGGCAAUGGCGGGUACCAUUGAUAUCACUCUUCAAAGAGACAUUAUGACAAUGUUUGAAAAUAACUUCUAUUAAAACUCAG